AUGGGUCUUCCAGUCUGGCGCGCCCCGUCCCCCGCGGACUGCAAGGUCGCUGCGACACGCUCGCCCAUCCGCCGCCGUCGCUCUCCAGCCCCGUCGCGUCGCAUCACGCUGCGCCGAAUCCGGCCGGCCGACGACGGGAACCCGCGCCGCGCCCGCAACUCCGCCGCCGAUCAAGCCUUUGACCUUCACGCCUUCCUGGGCUAUGGCACCGAUUCCGACCGCGACGGCCCCCCGACGGCCCCCAACCCGCACCCACAUCACCACCACCACCAUCACCAUCACCACAGCCACGCCCACACCACCACUCGCCCCGACGAGGGAGGCGUCCUCCUCUACGCCAGCUCCAACGCCCCCGACCGCCUGGUCUUUCACGCUCGCGCGACCCCCUUCUCGCGCGCGCCUGAUGAUGCCGCCGCCGCGCCCGACAGCUUCUCCUGGAGAGAGCUACGCCUACACGACCUACGCCGGCGCGAGGGCGAGCUCCGCAGCCGCGUGGGCCGCCUCACCAGAGACGUGGAGCUGAUGAGCGCGUGGCCGCCUUCGAGGCAGCCGCCGCCGCCACCACCGCGCAGGGCCUCGCCUGGGUUCCCUUCAUUUGGCGACGCAGAGGCCGGCGAAGACCCUUUGCUGACCCUGCGGCGCACGCGCAGCAGCAGACCACCCGUCCCCGACGGCCCACUGCCGGCCAGCUCGCUGCGCGAGUCCUGGAGCCCCGCCAUCGAUGGCCUCGGCGACCGCGAUCGCAGCGUCAGCCCCCCAAACUCGGACCACUGGGACACGAUGCUCAGCACCAUCGCCCCGGACGAGAGGCUCCCGACGGCCGACUCGUCGUUUACGUCGGCGGCAGCAUCGGCCUCGUUUUCGGCCUCCAACUCGACCGUAGAGCCCGGCUCUGGCUCUGAUCGCUCUGCCUCUGCCGGCUCUUCGCACACCAACCUCACUGUGCCUUCGCGUGGCCAGAGCGCCGAGGAGCUUUCUGCGCCUCUCCCCGCCGCCGGCUGCGACACCGAGGACGAGGGCAACGCGGCCUCGGACAACGAGGACGGCAUGCCCAGCGCUCUCCAGCCUCUGCUCCACAGCGCCCGUACCGGUCCGUGGGACAUUGAGGGCCCGUUCCCGGAAGACGACGACGAGGGCGAGGUUGAUGCGCGGGCGGCUGCUGCUGCUACUGCUGCCGCUUCUGCCCCUACCGACGGUCCACCGGCCAGAGAUCCCCUGCGCUACUCAUCCAGCGUGCGCUCGCGCUCGCGCGAAGCCACAAACAUGGUGCGCAACUACUACGCGCUUGGGCGGCCUUCAUCGACAACACCGAAUGCAGCACCCCGCGCCACGGCCGCCGAUGUGCCACCAGCGGAGCGGUACCAGCCGAACGCGGAGCAUUUCUCGCCAGAUGAGAUGGACCUAGUGUUUGAGUUCCUGGGGCAGCACGUGCCACUCGCGACGCUACCAGAGCUGAUCUACUCGGUGGAGCGGGCAUCGUCGCCGGCGCCGGCCGACGCGCCCGCAGCAGCUAGUCCGCGGAUGCAGCACGUGCACAUGCGGGCGCCCGAGGGCCCACCGCCGCGUGGCGAUGCGGCGCCGACGCCCACAUCGGCCUCGUCUGCAAACACGAGCGUGGGACCGGGACCGGAAGCAGGAUCGACGCCCUCGGCGCUCUCGCCCACGCAAAUGCAGCUCUACAACCAGGCGGGCCUGCUGGCUACGGCCGCUGGCCGCCAGGAGUACUUUUCGCGCCUGGACCGCAACCUCGCGAACAUGCGGUCGGCGAUGCGCCGCGUGGACCAGCGGGUGCGGGCGCUGGAUGAGCGGCGGGCGGCUUCGGCGGCGGCGCGGCUGGAGCAGGGCGCUAGGAGACGGAGGGAGCGGGAGAGCAGGGACGGCGAGAGGAGGGAGGCGGUAAGGAUGCGGCGGCGGGAGAGGGAGUUGGAGCGCGAGCGGAGGAGGGGCGAGGGCGUUGCUGUUGCUGAUAGGGAGAGGGAGAGGGAGAGGGACAGGGCGCGCGUGGGCAGGCUGUGA